AUGGCUUCUCAGGUGACCGAGGUUGGUCAGACCAACACCUCCAGUGGCAGCACGCCACCCCGCCGCAACUCGGACCCGGCGCUGGAGAUCAACAACCAACACCAUCACCAACAUCUGCACCACAGCGACCGCGUAGAUGCCAAGGGUCACGAGGACAACGUGACCUACGCACGAACCGGCGACUCAACAGUCCCGCACCAGAGCCACUCCCAUGACAUCGAGAAGGGCGACAAGCUCAGUGGUCCCCCCGACUACGAUGGUGAAAAGACUGGCGUUGUUUCCAACGAGGAAGGGGAGAAGAAGCCCUCCAAGAUUGGAACUCUCUACCGCCGUCACAAGUGGGCUGCCCACGCAUUCUUCUUCUGCCUUUUCACCGGCUGGUGGAUUGCUUCGCUCGUCCUGCACCGCAACGACAAGAACUGGGUUGUUCCGUUCCUCGUCUGGCUCGGCAUCUCUCUUCGCAUCCUCUUCUUUUACGUUCCGAGCUCCUACGUUUCCCGGCCGAUCAAAUUUGCAUGGCAGCACAGCGCCGUGUUCAUAUACAACUUAAUCCCUGCCAAGUUCCGUACCUUUGCUGGUGCUGCAUUGACGCUCGCCGUAAUGCUCGUUGGCUCGUUCGUCUCUGAAGAAUCGGCCGACAACACUCGCGAGAACCGUGCGGUUUCCAUCUUUGGUCUCGUCGUCAUCCUGUUUGCGUUCUGGGCGACAUCCAACAACCGCAGGCGUAUCAACUGGCGUCCUGUUAUUGGCGGCAUGUUGUCACAGUACAUCAUCGCACUAUUCGUCCUCCGUACUGGUGUUGGUUACGACAUCUUCAAGUUCAUUGCGGAUCGUGCGGGCGACUUACUCGGUUUCGCCAACCAGGGAACCGCUUUCCUGACUGCCGAAAGCGUGAUUGACCUUCACUGGUUCAUCAGCGGAGUGAUUCCCCCCAUCAUCUUCUUCGUGGCAAUUGUCCAAGUCCUGUACUACGUUGGUUUCCUCCAGUGGUUCAUUGGAAAGCUCGCGACCUUCGUGUUCUGGGCGCUCGAGGUGUCUGGUGCCGAGGCUGUCGUUGCCGCUGCCACUCCCUUCAUUGGCCAGGGCGAGUCUGCCAUGCUGGUCCGUCCCUUCGUCCCCCACAUGACCAAGGCCGAAAUCCACCAGAUCAUGACCUGUGGUUUCGCAACCAUUUCUGGAUCCACUCUUGUGGCAUAUAUCAACCUGGGUCUCAACGCCCAGGCAAUGGUAUCGUCGUGCGUCAUGUCAAUUCCGGCCUCGAUCGCCAUCUCCAAGCUACGCUACCCCGAGAAGGAAGAAACUUUGACCGCUGGGAAAGUUGUCAUCCCUGACGAUGACGAGCACGAGGCGAAGAACGCCAUGCACGCUUUCGCCAAUGGUGCGUGGUUGGGUAUCAAGAUCGCCGGAACGAUUGUUGCCUCGAUUCUCUGCAUCCUGGCUUUCAUCGGUCUCGUUGAUGGCCUGUUGACCUGGUGGGGAAGUUACCUAAACAUUAACGACCCUGACCUGACUCUCAACCUCAUCACUGGUUACCUUUUCUACCCGAUUGCCUUUCUCCUGGGUGUUCCCCGUAAUGGAGACUUGCUCAAAGUCGCCCGUCUGAUCGCUAUGAAGGUCAUCGCCAACGAAUAUGUCGCCUUCUCUGCGAUGAAGACGCCCGAGUACCUUGAUCUUUCGCCUCGUUCUCAGCUCAUUGCCACCUAUGCCCUCUGCGGAUUUGGCAAUAUCGGCUCUCUGGGUAUUCAAAUUGGUAUCCUGGGUCAGCUGGCUCCGAGCCGUGGAGGUGAUGUCAGUUCCAUGGCCAUCUCUGCUUUGAUCUCUGGUGUCAUGUCCACUUUGACCUCAGCCGCCGUUGCUGGUCUUGUUAUUACUUCUCAGGCUUCUAAUCUGGCCGCUGGAGCUUGA